GGCCGUGCUCUCACUAGCCCACAGUCCGGCUCCAGCCCGCAGCCUCGCCGGCAGCUUGCCCGGUCCCUGCUCGGCCCCGCCGGCAGGUAGGAGCCGCCGACGGACACGGCCCCCGGUUUCUUGCCCCACCCCCGCGAGCGCUGCGCCCCGCUUCGAGGCUCCCCAGCACAUCACCGCCAUGAGCGAGGCCUUUGACUGUGCAAAAUGUGGUGAAUCUCUGUAUGGCCGUAAAUACAUCCAGACGGACGGUGGCCCCCACUGCGUGCCCUGCUAUGACAACACUUUUGCCAACACCUGUGCUGAGUGCCAGCAGCUAAUCGGGCAUGAUUCGAGGGAGCUGUUCUAUGAAGACCGCCACUUCCACGAAGGCUGCUUCCGCUGUUGCCACUGCCAGCGCUCCCUGGCCGAUGAGCCCUUCACCUGCCAGGACAACGAUCUGCUCUGCAAUGACUGCUACUGCAGUGCCUUCUCCUCACAGUGCUCUGCCUGUGGGGAGACUGUCAUGCCUGGGUCCCGGAAGCUGGAGUAUGGAGGCCAGACAUGGCAUGAGCACUGCUUCCUGUGCAGCGGCUGUGAGCAGCCACUGGGCUCCUGUUCCUUUGUGCCUGACAAGGGUGCUCACUACUGUGUGCCCUGCUAUGAGAACAAGUUUGCGCCCCGCUGUGCCCGCUGCAGCAAGACACUGACACAGGGUGGUGUGACGUACCGUGACCAGCCCUGGCACCGGGAAUGCCUGGUCUGCACCGGGUGCAAGACACCCCUGGCGGGGCAGCAGUUCACCUCCCGGGAUGACGAUCCUUACUGUGUGGCCUGUUUUGGGGAACUCUUUGCACCCAAGUGCAGCAGCUGCAAGCGCCCCAUCACAGGACUCGGUGGGGGCAAGUAUGUGUCCUUUGAAGAUCGCCACUGGCACCAUAGCUGUUUCGCCUGCGCCCGCUGCUCCACCUCCCUGGUGGGCCAAGGCUUCGUGCCGGAUGGAGACCAAGUGCUGUGCCAGGCCUGCAGCCAGGCAGGGCCCUGAACCAGGGUGUCUGGGCCCAGGCCCUCCUGAACCAGUGCUCCAGGACUUGCAGCUCCCUUUCCAAUCCACCUCUGAGACACAGCUCCUCCCCAAAAUGAGGUUCCUCCUGGCCUCCAGGAUUCAGCCUCCCCCUCCCAACAUCCCCAAACUGGUACUCUCUGACUGAGGGUCCCCAAACUUGGACUAAAAGGAAGCCUCUAGGAUUCAAGGCCCCCCCCCCACACACACACACACACCACCACCACCACCACCAAACCAGGACUCUAGAACUCAGCUCCCUCAUCUAUCCAAAUCAGGGCUCUAGACCUCAGCCCUCCACACAUGGACUCAGACCCAGGCCCCCUUAAGUCUAGACUUUCCUCCAGAGAUUUUAUGUCUCCUGAGGGUGCCUGAGAAGUCCUCAAAACUGGACUGUACUCAGGCCUGACACCCCCAUCCCCCAAUCACCAAGGCUGGGGCUGUCAGGGCAGCAGAGCAGCAGGGGUUGCUGGUUGGGGGAUCCUAGGGUGCAGGGCUCUGCCUAGCCCAUGUCCAUCAAGUGUCUUCUCAUUUCAUUUCAGUCCGAUUUUGUCCAGAGGUGGACAGAGGGGUGGGCAUGGCUCACCCCCUUUCCAGGUUCUGCAAUAAAGCAGUGUGAGGAAGCCGGG